UUUAAAAAAAUAAAUAAUGAAAAGGUAUAAACACAAGAGGGCAGGAAGAGCUCAAGCUUGACUUUUUCAGUUCUGACUACUGUGAAACUCGAUCCAAUUUAUUUUAACUUACCCUCCAGAUAUUUAUCAAUUCUCUCUACAUGCAAAGAAAUGUGAUGCUGACAAGUAGAUUUAGUUUGUACUCGGUCUAAUUAUUGCAAGAGGAACAGGAAUAUCUCUAAAGACAGCUCUUCAAGCCCUUCCCGGCUUUUUGAACGCCUGGGGCUACUUUCUUUCUUGCUCCUUCCUUAAUUUGGUUCUUUCAGGAGUGUUCUCAGACUGCCUUUCUCACGCAUUCCAAGCGCCCUUUUCUCUCAGUUUGUGAACUUUGAUAGCAAAGGGGGUGGGGAAAGAGGGACUAAUAAAGCCACCCAACGCUCAGUACAGUACCCAUCGUGUUUCUUAAAGGGGAGAAGAAACGCAGCGCAAGUUUUGUCUCUUUUCUCAUCAACUCAAGUUAUUCACCUGAAAAUCUCCAAGCGGUCAUCCCGGAGUGCCUUGAUUUCUGAAUCCGCUUGGAUUAUUGAAAUUCAGGCUUUAGAUCUUUUCCCGCCCCUCCAUUCUCACCUCUUUUCUAAAGGGAAGGGCUUUAAAUUCGUUAUGAGGAGGGAAAAGGAGAAUCCCCAAACUUCAAUGGAGAAUGAUUCUAUGAUAACUUCAUUCCGUUGCAGCAUGUUCACGCUCCUUCACUAGCAGCUGGGGCACUUGCAGUGUAGGGGAAGCCUGCUAAAGUUGGGAGAUCUGGUUUGGAGGGAGUCUCUCCCGGAUCACUAAAGAACAACCUGUUGCGGCUUCUCUCCUCUUCCCUCAACCCACCGUUUCUCCGCCUCUGCUUUCGAUUUGAUUGGCAGUAUCUUAUACCCAAUCCUCGACGAGAUUCCCUCCUCUCCAGAGGAUCCAUUGGUCACUCUGACAGGCAGGAGCAAGGGGGGCGAGGGGCGGGAUUUCUCUCCUUGCCCCGGGUCCCCCCGGACCUGCAAAGAAGCGCGCAGGGGAAAACUCAGUUUGUAGCGUUACCCGAGCGAAGGAGUCAGAGAGUGUGAAGCUGGCCGGGCUCGGCCCUGGCGGAGCGGUCCAUUGAGCGACACCGCCAACCUGAAUUGCGCUGCGCUCUCCGCCGGGUCCAGUUACUUCAGGGACCCUAGGAGAACGUGGUAGAUUUGCUCAGCCCCCUCGCUUCCCAGGGGUGCUGCUUGUUCCUUGCUCGGGAAGCAGACUCUGCAAGUUCUCAGACGCACUGCCAUAGAUUAAGGAAAAACCGGCAUCAUGCACCACGCCGUGAGCGGAGCUUCAAGAACUUUUGGGGUCGUUCCAGCGCAGCCCGCGACUGCACGCUCUGUCACCUCGCGGGCACCCUGGGCGCAGCUGCCGCCCUGGCUCUUCCUCCUAAUUCUGUCCCUAGCGAGGUGUGUCUCCGCUCACCUUGAAAGUUCCAGCUCUGCGCGGGUGUCUCUUGGGUUCCCUGGGCCAUCUGGCACCCCAGCCGAAGAGGCCAUAGUGCUGGCCAAUCGCGGACUCCGCGUGCCUUUCGGCCGCGCUGUCUGGCUGGACCCUCUGCAUGAUCUGGUGCUGCAGGUACAGCCUGGGGAUCGCUGCCAGGUGGGGGUGCUGGACAACGACGCGCUGGCUCAGCUGCCGGGUCACCUCAGUCCCAAGCGGUUUCCCUGUGACUUUGGACCUGGAGAGGUGAGCUACUCUCAUCUGGGCGCCCGCAGCCCUUCAAAAGACCGGGUCAGAUUGCAGCUGCGCUAUGAUACUCCUAGUGGGUCAGUGGUGCUGCCCCUGGUGCUGGAAGUGGAGGUACUCUUUACCCAGCUGGAGAUAGUGACCAGGAACCUGCCCCUGGUCGUAGAGGAGCUUUUGGGUACUAGCAACCCGUUAGAUCGCCGUAGCCUGGAAUUCACUUACCAGCCAGAGACAGAGGAAUGCAGGGUAGGCAUCCUUUCUGGGCUGGGGGCUCUUCCUCGCUAUGGGAAACUGCUUCAUUAUCCGCAGGCUCUAAGAGCAGAGAGGGAAGGGGGAGGGGAAAGGGGACUGAGGAAGCCUCUGAUGAUGGACUGCAGUGCUUUUCUGGAACUGGGAGUGCGAUACUUGCAUAUAGCCCCAGGUCGCUCCCCAAAUCGGGACUGGGUGCCCAUGGUCGUGGAGUUGCACCCCAAAGAUGCCCCAAUAGGAAGCCCGUCUUUGAAACGUGAGCACUUUCAGGUGCUGGUGAGGAUCCGGGGAGGCAUAGAGAACACGCCACCUAAGCCCAGUUUCGUUGCCAUGAUGAUGAUGGAAGUGGACCAAUUUGUGCUGACUGCCCUGACACCGGACAUGUUAGCAGCUGAAGAUUCUGAAUCAGACCCUGAUUUGCUAGUCUUCAAUCUCACUUCCCCAUUUCAGCAGGGUCAAGGAUACUUGGUGAGCACAGAUGACCGCAGCUUACCUCUGUCUUCCUUUACCCAACGAGACCUGCGGCUCCUCAAAAUUGCCUACCAGCCUCCAGCAGAGGACUCUGACCAGGAGCGUCUUUUUGAACUAGAGCUUGAAGUGGUAGAUCCAGAAGGUGCAGCCUCAGAUCCCUUUGCCUUCAUGGUGGUUGUGAAACCCAUGAACACUCUUGCUCCUGUGGUCACUAGAAAUACUGGUCUUAUCCUUUAUGAGGGCCAAUCCCGCCCCCUCACUGGCCCCCCAGGGAGUGGAUCCUCCAAUCUGGUCAUCAGUGAUGAGGAUGACCUGGAUGCUGUGCAGCUGGAGGUGGUGGCUGGCCUUCAGCAUGGGCAUUUGGCUCUCUUGGGUUCCCCUGGUGGAGAUCCUGGUGCUAGGCCACCAGGAAAGUACUUCACAGUAGCUGAGUUGGAAGCUGGGCAGGUAGUCUACCAGCAUGAUGAUAAUGAUGGCUCCCUUAGUGAUAACCUGGUUCUUCGAAUGGUAGAUGGAGGAGGUCGACAUCAGGUACAAUUCCUUUUUCCCAUUACCCUGGUGCCUGUGGAUGACCAGCCACCUGUUCUCAAUGCUAAUACUGGACUGGUGCUGGCUGAGGGUGAUACUGUUCCAAUUCCACCACUGGCUUUGAGUGCCACUGAUAUUGACUCAGAUGACUCUAUGAUACUUUUUGUGUUGGAACCCCCAUACUCAGCAACAGGACAAUUCCUACUCCGCCAGACCCAACCCCCUAGGGAUGGAGAGGAGCUUUCUGGAGGCCCCUGGAGGCAAGUGGUAGACUCUCAGAAAGGUAUAUUAUAUGAGAGGUCAGUGAUAGAGUGGAGGCAGCAAGACAUUGUUGAGGGGAGACUGUUCUACCGGCACAUUGGUCCCCACAGCCCUGGACUGGGUCCUGUCAUAGACCAGUUCAUCUUCAGAGUCCAGGAUGACCAUGACCCCCCCAACCAAUCAGGAUUACAAAAGUUUGUGCUGCGUAUUCAUCCCGUGGAUCGCUUACCUCCAGAGGUGGGCAGUGGCUGCCCACUGAGGAUGGUGGUACAAGAGUACCAGCUUACCCCACUAAGAAAGAAGUGGCUGCGCUAUACUGACCUGGACACAGAUGACCGAGAACUGCGCUACACUGUGACACAGCCUCCUACAGACACAGAUGAAAAUCAUGCUCCAGCCCCAUUGGGCACAUUGGUUUUGACUGAUAACCCUUCAGUUACAGUGACUCAUUUCACUCAGGCCCAGAUCAAUCACCACAAAAUUGCUUAUAGACCACCAGAGCAGGAACUGGGGGUGGCUGCUCGGGUAGCCCAGUUCCAGUACCGGGUAGAAGACCAGUCUGGGAAUAUGGUUCCAGGGACCUUUACUUUUUAUCUGCAGCCAGUGAAUAAUCAACCCCCUGAGAUCCUCAAUACAGGUUUCACCAUCCAGGAGAGGGGCCAGCACAUCCUGAGUGAAACUGAAUUACAUGCCACUGAUGUGGACACUGUUGCUACCCAGAUCUCCUUCACCCUCACUCAGGCUCCCAAGCAUGGUCAAAUGCAAUUAAACCAAAGGAAGCUAGGAGUGGGUGAAUUCUUUCACUUGGAGGAUAUUGUUCAGGGCAGGGUCACUUAUGUCCACAAUGGGGAUGAGUAUCCAAGUGACAGUUGCUCAAUAGAAGUGAGUGAUGGCCUCCAUGUGGUACCUAUUACCCUCAGAGCAAAUGUACGUCCAAUAGAUGAUGAGGUACCCAUUUUGUCCUUGCCUACUGGUACCUUAGGUUCCUAUCUAGAUGUGUUAGAAAAUGAAGCUGCUGAAAUCACAGCUCAUGUAAUCAAGGGUACCGAUGAGGAUACUGAUGAUUUGAUGCUAACUUUUCUCUUAGAAAAUCCCCCACUAUAUGGGGAAAUCCUAGUCAAUGGAGUCCCAGCUGAACAGUUUUCACAAAGAGAGAUCCUAGAGGGGUCUGUUGUAUAUGCCCACACUAGUGGUGAAAUAGGUCCAUUUCCCAAAGAGGAUUCUUUCAACCUGACAUUGUCAGAUAUGUCUCAGGAGUGGCGUAUUGGUAGCAACAUUGUGCGGGGAGUUACUGUGUUGGUGACCAUUCUCCCCAUUGAUAAUCAAGCCCCAGAGGUCACUGUGGGUGAGCAAUUUAUGGUGGUAGAGGGCGAUAAGAGGGUAAUUACCACUUCCCAUAUAAGUGCUGAAGAUAUUGAUUCCCCUAAUGAUGACAUUUUAUGUACUAUAGUUACUCAACCUGCUUCAGGAUAUGUUGAAAAUAUUUCCCCAGCUCCAGGCUCAGAGAAAUCAAGAGCAGGCAUAGCCAUCAGUGCAUUCACUCUGAAAGACCUUAAACAGGGACAUAUAUAUUAUGUUCAGAGUAUACACAAGGGUGUGGAACCAGUGGAAGAUAGAUUUGCAUUCCGUUGUUCUGAUGGAAUUAAUUUUUCUCAUAGACACUUUUUCCCCAUUGUGAUCAUUCCAACCAAUGAUGAAGAGCCAGAAAUGUUUAUGCGAGAAUUUAUGGUGAUGGAAGGCAUGAGUCUGGUUAUUGAUACUCCCAUUCUCAAUGCUGCUGAUGGAGAUAUUCCUGCAGAUGAUUUGACUUUUGUUAUUACCCGUUUUCCCUCCCAUGGUCACAUCAUGAACCAGUUGAUAAAUGGUACAGUUUUGGUGGAAAGCUUUACCCUGGAUCAGAUCAUUGAGAGUUCUAGCAUUAUUUAUGAGCAUGAUGACUCUGAGACCCAAGAGGAUAGUUUUGAUAUAAAAUUAACUGAUAGCAAGUAUUCAGUAGAGAAGAGGGUAAUCAUAUUGGUUAUUCCUGUUGAUGAUGAGACUCCCAGAAUGACUAUCAAUAAUGGACUAGAAAUUGAAAUGGGAGAAACCAAAAUUAUCAACAACAAGGUAUUGAUGGCAACUGAUUUAGACUCUGAAGAUAAAAGUUUGGUUUAUAUUAUUCGUUAUGGACCAGGGCAUGGCCUGUUACAAAGACAAAGGCCUGAUGGUGCAGUUGAGAACAUCACGCUGGGCAUGAAUUUUACUCAGGAUGAAGUAGACAGAAAUUUAAUUCAAUAUGUGCAUUUGGGGCAGGAAGGUAUUCGAGACCUAAUUAAAUUUGAUGUGACUGAUGGAAUAAAUCCUCUCAUUGACCGAUAUUUUUAUGUUUCCAUUGGUAGCAUUGACAUGGUUUUCCCAGAUGUAAUAAGCAAGGGAGUAUCCUUGAAAGAAGGUGGCAGGGUGACACUCACAACAGACUUACUGAGUACCAGUGACAUCAACAGUCCAGAUGAAAAUUUAGUUUUUAGCAUCACCAGGGCCCCUAUGAGGGGUCACUUGGAGUGUACAGAUCACUCAGGAGUGCCUAUCACCUCUUUCACCCAGCUUCAGCUCGCAGGGAACAAAAUUUACUACAUUCACACAUCUGAUGAUGAAGUGAAAAUGGAUAGCUUUGAGUUUGAAGUUACUGAUGGACAUAACUCUGUCUUUCGUACUUUCCGGAUCUCUAUUAGUGAUGUAGACAACAAGAAGCCAGUAGUCACUAUUCAAAAUCUGGUGGUGAGUGAAAGUGAAAAUAAGCUAAUCACUCCUUUUGAACUCACUGUAGAAGACAGAGAUACUCCUGACCAUCUCCUGAAAUUCACUGUCAUUCAAAUGCCUGUUCAUGGUCAUCUUAUGUUCAAUAAUACCAGACCUGUUAUGGUCUUCACCAAACAGGACCUGAAUGAAAAUUUGAUCAGCUAUAAACAUGAUGGGACAGAAUCAACUGAAGAUAGCUUCUCAUUCACUGUGACUGAUGGCACACAUGCCGAUUUCUAUGUUUUUCCUGAUACUGUAUUUGAAACAAGGAGACCUCAAAGGAUGAAAAUCCAGGUCAUUGCUGUGGACAACAGCUCACCUCAAAUAGUGGUGAACAAAGGUGCCUCCACCCUUCGCAUCUUGACAACUGGACAUUUAGGUUUCAUGAUUACAAACAAAAUACUGAAAGUGGAAGACAAGGACAGUUUGCACAUUUCCCUCAAGUUCAUUGUGACAGAAGCCCCACAACACGGCUUUCUCUUCAACCUGGGGAAAGGCAAUCACAGCAUCACUCAGUUUACACAAGCUGACAUUGAUGACAUGAAAAUAUGCUAUGUCUUAAGAGAGGGGGCUAAUGCCACAAGUGAUAGUUUCCAUUUUACAGUUGAAGAUGGUGGAGGAAACAAGUUGACAAACCAGCAUUUUCACCUGAAUUGGGCAUGGAUCUCCUUGGAAAAAGAAUACUAUCUGGUCAAUGAAGACUUCAAAUUUUUGGAUAUUGUCCUCAAACGAAGAGGUUAUUUGGGAGAAACUUCUUUUGUCAGUAUUGGCACACAAGAUGGUACAGCAAAAAAAGACAGAGACUUCAAAGGAAAGGCACAGAAACAAGUACAAUUUAACCCAGGUCAAACCACAGCCACAUGGCGAGUGAGAAUUCUGAGUGACGGUGAACAUGAACAGUCAGAAACCUUCCAGGUGGUGCUAUCGGAGCCUGUCAUGGCUGCUCUAGAAUUCCCUGCUGUGACAACAGUGGAGAUUAUUGACCCAGGAGAUGAAUCAACUGUCUUUAUUCCUCAGUCUGUCUACACCAUUGAAGAAGAUGUUGGUGAAUUGUUCAUUCCCAUCAAAAGAAGUGGAGAUGUGAGCCAAGAAUUAAUGGUGAUCUGCUACACUCGACAAGGAACUGCAACAGGGACUGUCCCUACAUCUGUGCUCUCCUAUUCUGAUUACAUAUCCAGGCCUGAGGAUCAUACCAGUAUUGUCCGAUUUGACAAAGAUGAACAGGAGAAAAUGUGCCGGAUUGUUAUUAUUGACGACUCUUUGUAUGAAGAGGCUGAAACAUUUCACGUUCUGCUGAGCAUGCCCAUGGGUGGAAGAAUUGGUUCAGAGUUCCCAGGGGCUCAGGUUACGAUUAUCCCUGACAAAGAUGAUGAACCAACUUUCUACUUUGGUGCUGUUGAGUACUCUGUAGAUGAGAGUGCUGGAUUUGUUGAAGUAUGCAUCUGGAGAACUGGUACUGAUCUCUCAAGGCUUUCUAGUGUCAUGGUGAGAUCUCGGAAAAGUGAGCCCUCAUCUGCAGAUGCUGGAACUGACUAUGUGGGGAUCAGUCGUAAUUUAGAUUUUGCACCUGGAGUUAACAUGCAAACUCUCCGGGUCAUUAUUCUGGAUGAUCGAGGACAACCAAUAUUAGAAGGAAUUGAGAGAUUUGAAUUAGUAUUACGUAUGCCUAUGAAUGCUGCCCUUGGAGAACCCAACAAAGCCACAAUUUUUAUUAAUGAUUCAGUCUCUGAUUUGCCUAAGAUGCAAUUUAAAGAACGUGUAUACAGUGGGAAUGAAAAUGAUGGCCAGAUUGUUGCCAUGAUAUAUAGGAGUGGGGAUAUCCAACAUAAGUCUUCAGUGAGAUGCUACACUCGACAAGGAUCUGCGCAAGUAAUGAUGGACUUUGAAGAACGUCCAAACACAGACAGUUCCAUUAUCACAUUCUUUCCUGGUGAGACUGAAAAGCCCUGUAUUCUUGUAUUGAUGGAUGAUGUGAUCUAUGAAGAAGAAGAAGAAUUACGUCUAGUUCUUGGUACUCCACAAAGUGAAUCCCCUUUUGGAGCUUCAGUUGGUGAACAAAAUGAAACUUUGAUAAAGAUCCGAGAUGAUGCUGACAAGACAAUUAUUAAGCUUGGAGAAACCAAAUUUAGUGUCCAUGAACCAAAGGGACCAAGUCAGUCAGUCAUUGUGAAAAUUCCUGUGCUUCGCCAAGGAGACACUUCAAAGGUUUCCAUUGUGAGAGUGCAUACAAAGGAUGGCUCUGCUGUCUCAGGAGAAGACUAUCACCCCGUGUCAGAAGAAAUUGAAUUUAAGGAGGGUGAAACCCAGCAUAUUGUUGAGAUUGAAGUGCUCUUUGAUGGAGUCAGAGAGAUGAGAGAAGCCUUCACUGUUCACCUGAAGCCUGAUGAAAACAUGGUAGCUGAGACACAGGUGACCAAAGCCAUUGUGUACAUAGAAGAAAUGAACAGCAUGGCAGAUGUCACUUUCCCUUCUGUGCCUCAAGUUGUGUCCCUUUUGAUAUAUGAUGACACUUUCCAAAUUAAAGACAGCCCUGGCCCAGUGCCUGGCUAUCCUGUGGCUUGUGUUACAGCUUGCAACCCCAAAUAUUCUGAUUAUGAGAAGACAGGCUCCAUAUGCGCAAGUGAGAGUAUCAAUGACACUUUGACUAGAUACAGAUGGCUUGUUAGUGCACCCACAGGCCCGGAUGGUGUGACCAGCCCUAUGAAAGAAGUGGAUUUUGACACCUUUUUUACAUCCUCUAAGAUGAUCACUUUGGACUCCAUUUACUUUCAAGCUGGUUCCAGAGUACAGUGUGCAGCUAGAGCUGUGAACGCUGAUGGAAAUGAAGGAUUGGAACUAAUGAGCCCAAUCGUCACUGUGAACAGAGAGGAAGGUCUUUGUCAGCCUCGGGUGCCAGGUGUGGUCGGUGCAGAACCAUUCUCAGCCAAAUUGCGUUAUACAGGCUCUGAAGAUACAGAUUACACAAAUCUCAUCAAGCUUACUGUCACAAUGCCCCACAUUGAUGGUAUGCUCCCCGUGAUCUCCACUAGAGAGCUGUCCAACUUUGAGCUGACUCUCAGCCCUGACGGCACAAGAGUUGGGAACCACAAGUGCUCCAACCUCCUGGAUUACACUGAAGUAAAGACUCAUCAUGGCUUCUUGACUGAUGCUACCAGAAACUCAGAAGUGAUUGGAGAGACAUAUCCUUACCAAUACAGUGCAUCCAUCAGGGGUUCUGGAACCUUGAGAUUCUACCGUAACCUUAAUCUGGAAGCCUGCUUAUGGGAAUUUGUUAGCUACUAUGAUAUGUCUGAGCUCCUUACAGACUGUGGAGGCUCCAUUGGGACAGAUGGGCAGGUCCUGAAUCUAGUGCAGUCCUAUGUCACCCUGCGAGUUCCCCUCUAUGUUUCCUAUGUUUUCCAUUCCCCUGUUGGCGUGGGAGGAUGGCAGCAUUUUGACCUGAAGUCUGAGCUUCGACUCACUUUUGUGUAUGAUACUGCCAUCUUGUGGAAUGAUGGAAUUGGCAGUCCACCAGAAGCAGAGCUCCAAGGUUCCCUUUAUCCGACCAGCAUGCGUAUCAGUGAGGAAGGACGUUUGGUGGUAAACUUCAAGACAGAAGCUCGAUUUCAUGGUUUAUUUGUGUUGUCCCAUCCUGCAUCUUCCACAAGUUCUAUGAUCAUCUCAGCUGAUCAUCCUGGCCUGACUUUUUCUCUCCGCCUCAUAAGGAGUGAACCAACAUAUAACCAGCCAGUCCAGCAAUGGAGCUUUGUUUCUGACUUUUCGGUCAGGGACUAUUCAGGAACUUAUACUGUGAAACUUAUACCAUGUACAACCUCUCCACAUCAGGAAUACCGCUUACCAGUGAUUUGUAACCCUAGAGAGCCAAUCACAUUUGACCUGGACAUUCGAUUUCAGCAGGUCAGUGACCCUGUGGCAGCAGAGUUUAGCUUGAACACACAAAUGUUUCUCCUAUCCAAGAAGAGUCUCUGGCUAUCUGAUGGAUCAAUGGGAUUUGGGCAGGAGAGUGAUGUUGCUUUUACAGAAGGUGAUAUCAUUUAUGGUCGAGUAAUGGUGGAUCCUGUACAGAACCUGGGUGAUUCUUUCUACUGUAGCAUUGAGAAAGUGUUCCUAUGUACUGGAGCUGAUGGAUAUGUACCUAAAUAUAGUCCAAGUAAUGCUGAAUAUGGCUGCUUAGCAGACUCUCCCUCUCUCCUGUAUAGAUUUAAAAUUGUGGACAAAGCUCAACCAGAGACCCAAGCCACUAGCUUUGGAAAUGUCCUGUUCAAUGCCAAACUUGCAGCAGAUGAUCCUGAAGCAGUUCUCUUGGUUAAGCAGCCUGGAUCUGAUGGAUUUAAAGUUGACUCCACACCACUAUUUCAAGUGUCCCUUGGCAGGGAAUGGUACAUACAUACAAUCUAUACAGUCAGAUCAAAAGACAAUACUAACCGAGGUAUUGGCAAAAGGAGUGUGGAAUACCAGUACCACUCUCUAUCAAAUCCUGGGAUACUGAAAACAUCCACAGAAAACAGAAAGAAAAGAGAGGCCAAAAAUGCUCCGUCACUUGCCAAGGAAAUUGGAGCUGAAAAUAACCGAGGGACAAACAUCCAGCACAUAGCCCUGGACCGCUCCAACAAGAAGCAGAUCCCUCAAAGGGAAGUUCCUUUGGAUGGAGUUCUUCCCAGGGAGUUGAACAAUAGCAACCCUGAAGUAAACCUCAUCACAGUUAUCACAGGUGUGGCCACUGGCCUGCUUACCAUUUGUCUAAUUGCAAUUACUGUACUGCUGCUAAAGAGGAAACAGAGCUCCAAAAAGGAUGCCCCAGAGGGAUCAGGGAGCAGUGAACCAAUGAUGCCCCAGCACAGGUACACUAGCGACAGCUCAGAGGUUUGAUCUCAGGUGCUACAAUUCAGCCUCAAAAAGGAACCCAGAAUGUAAUACUGUGAACGGACAGUUCUGGAGUCUUUAGGUAUAUUCACAGACUCUUUUUGAACUCUUCUUCUCUUUCUACAAACACAAGAACACUUCAUAGCCAGUCUCUCAUUCUGCCAAAAGUCAGCCCCAUGUCUUCACAGCAGUGAUAGUUGCUGAAAGCACAGCAUGGAAAGGGAAUGACAUUCCACUGAAGCAAUCUCUCAAGAACAUGAAGAAGAAACUAUCCAAAGGUGCUAGUAGAUCUUACAAAUGGUGUAAGAGAAAGUCUGUUCUUUCUCUUUUUCACUGUGUAUGAACUUCAAAGGUGCAAUUUUCAUGUUGUUUAUUCAGGAUGUACUGUUUAUUACUAGAAACUUCAUUAUCACUUAUCUGGUGGAAUGGGAAGCACUUCGUUUGACCUGACAAGUUUUCCAAGAAAUGAAAACAGCACAGAAUCAUGACUGGGGCUAUCUCUUAAUCCAUGAGUUUCAGGUCUCUUAAACUGUGGGAGAAGGAGAGAGAAGAGGUCUCCCAAUAGUAUUUGAUCUGAUUCUCGCCCUCCCCAGACCCACUUUAUUUUGUUUGCUUAUUUAAGUUUAUAUUUAACCAAAGAAUAUGGUCUGUCUAGAAGAGAGCACAUCUUUAUGGAAGUGGGACAUCUCUGUCCUGGUUAUAGACUACUAAAUAGUGAAUUACCCUUCUUGACAAUACCAACAGAUAUGGGAAAGGAUACAGGUUUGGUGGUAUGUUGGUCAUCUAGAGAAGAUGUAAAGUUAAACUCAUACAUAAGACAAGAUUCUAAAAGAAUUGAGCCUAGAAAACACCUGCAACUCUGAGUCCUAUGUCUUAUAGUUAGAUAGGACUUUAUAGAAAAUGGGUGUGAAGGAGCAGCACCUACUUUAUUGGAGGGAUUUAUAUUUAUUAAUAUAGUAAUGUCUAAUGGUGGGGUCUUUUGAAAGUACUAUAGAGAGUGAUAGCUUCCCAUCUCCUGUCAGGCCGAUCCUCAGGCAGUGUGCAUUAAUAGCAUGGUCACACUUAGAUGUAUGAGAGUCAAAUUAAUAAUGACACAUUUUAAGAAUGUUCUAUUUAGAAACCGAUCCAAAUGGAGAGACCCUAUAGUUGCCAUGCUAAAAAGGCCCUCCAAGUUACUCAGCUUCAUAGAUCUGAAAAAAAUCCUUCUUAAUCCAGAAAAAAUCUCUUUCCAAGCCUAAUGCUUUUGAAUUAGCCAAAACUUUUUAGUGCAACAUCUAGAGUCUUUUUAGAUAUAUACAUAUAUAUAUAUAUACACACAUGUGAAAAAAUAUAUAUUUAUACAUAUGCACA